CGCGGGCCGGCGGGCACCAUGAGCUGGUGAGGGCGGCGGGGCCGGGAGGGCGUUGUGCGGAUCGGUCCGGAGGAUCCCGUUCAAGAUCGGGCAGCCCAAGAAACAGAUUGUACCCAAGACAGUGGAGAGAGACUUUGAGAGGGAAUAUGGGAAGCUGCAGCAGCUGGAAGAGCAGACCAAAAAGCUUCAGAAGGACAUGAAGAAAAGCACAGACGCAGAUUUGGCCAUGUCCAAAGCAGCAGUAAAGAUCUCCUCCGACCUGCUGUCCAACCCGCUGUGUGAGCAGGACGCCGCCUUCCUGGAGGUGGUCACCGCCUUUGACACGGCCAUGAGGAGGAUGGAUUCCUUCAACCAGGAGAAGGUGAACCAGAUCCAGAAGACGGUGAUGGAGCCCUUGAAAAAGUUCAGCAGCGUCUUCCCCAGCCUCAACAUGGCGGUGAAGCGGCGCGAGCAGAGCCUGCAGGAAUACCGGCGUCUGCAGGCCAGGGUGGAGAAGUACGAGGAGAAGGAGAGGAGCGGGCCGGCAGUGGCCAAACUGCACCAGGCCCGGGAGGAGCUGCGCCCGGUGAAGGAGGAUUUUGAAGCCAAGAACCGGCAGCUGCUGGAGGAGAUGCCCAAAUUCUACAGCAGCCGCAUCGAUUACUUCAAACCCAGCUUCGAGGCGCUGCUCCGGGCACAGGUCGUGUUCUACUCAGAGAUGAGGACCAUUUUCGGGGACCUGACGGCGCAGAUCGGCCGCCCGGCGCUGAGCGAUGAGCAGCGGGAGCGCGAGAACGAGGGCCGCCUGGGGGAGCUGCGGGCGCUCAGCAUCGUGGCUGAUGACUGAGAGCCGGGGGGCAGCGCUGCGCCCCAUCAACACUGCGCCCCACACACGCUGUGCCCCACAGAGGGUGGAUGUGGGGCUGCAGCUUUGCCCUCCUGCAGAGGUUCCUCCUGGGGGUUGGGGGGCUGCAGGGUGGGCUGUGAGCCCCCCGUCCCCAAGUGCCCCCCUACGAUCUGCCCCCCAGGUGCCUCCCCCCGUGACCGGUGCCUCUACAUCUGUGCCCCCCUCCCCCAUGCAGUGCCCCAUAGCCGCCCUCCUUGGCCC